GCUCCGGAUGUUACAUACGAAGCCUCCAUUACCACCACAAGUUCCAACCCUCUCUCUGAACACACUUUAAUGGCGUCCCUUCCACCAAUCAAAGCUUCUAGUUCAGAUAACCUUCACUUCGCUUUACUUCUCUCAUUGCUUCGUCCUCUUCUUCUCUAACUUACCUUCAUCAAACAAUGCUACUCCCUGCAAUCAACUCCGCCCCUUUCUCCUGCUCUGUUCGUCUCACUAACCCCAUCUCCGUCUAUUCACGGAAUGUCGCCGUCGCCGUCUCCGCCCAAGCGUCGCCGGCGAAUUCUAGCUACAGCGUCUCUGACAAGGAUCUCGAAUCCCGAGGCUUCAUGCUUCACCGCACCGUCUCCGACCUCAACCUCGACCACCUGAACUCGGUCUUCGCCGCCGUCGGAUUCCCCAAGCGCGAUCCGGACAAGAUCAGGAUUGCGUUGGAGAAUACGGACGCCUUGCUCUGGAUCCAAUACAGUAAAACGCAGCGGCCGGUGGCGUUCGCUAGGGCUACAGGCGAUGGCGUGUUCAACGCGAUUAUAUGGGAUGUGGUGGUGGAUCCUUCCUUCCAAGGGCUUGGUUUGGGGAAGGCUGUGAUCGAGAGGAUUAUCGAGGACCUACUGCGUAAAGGCAUUUCCAAUAUCGCAUUGUAUUCAGAGCCUCGUGUGCUAGGGUUCUACAGGCCUCUAGGUUUCGUCGCGGAUCCGGACGGGAUCCGUGGAAUGGUGUACUCGAGAAAGAAAAAGAAAAACUAAAUACAGAAUUGCUCAAAUUCAAUUGCAUCUGA